AUGAACUACCUGGGAGCCAGGAAAACCACCAUGCUGGGGAACAAUUUGUGAGUGUUGAGUAUAUCUCAUUGUAUGUCUCCAUCCUUACUGUAAUUGCUAUACUCUGUCAGGCCAAGAAUAUGACAAACCUGUGAGCCACAGAGCCAUGGAAGAAUGGUGUAGUAGUGGUACAAGUUGGACCAGAGCAGGACAGAGGCUGCUGCAAUGUAGUUUGGGAGGAGACCAGCAGAGCUGAUCGAACACAGAACAGGGAAGUGUUGUCAUUGCGGAUCUGCCACAAGUGCUUUUGGGAAAAGUUUUGUUAGCACUCCUGACAGAGUUUACAGAAUGAGUUUGACAUUUUACAUCUGUGAAAAAACAAAACUUUGUGCCCCUUGCAGCUCGGAGUACCACGUAGACGACCCUCCGCGGUUGGUGUUGGACAAGUUGGAGAAGAUUGGCUUCCGUGUGGUGACGAUGACGGGCGUGGGACAAACGCUGGUGUGGUGCAUGCACAAGGAGACUGAGUGA